GGCUAAACUGAUAAAAGGAAGAUAAAGCAUCAGAUUUUAUUGCUUUCCCAGCGCCUCUCCCAGCACAUAGAGAUGACCAAGCAGCAAACUAGACUAGGACUGGUGCUCACUGUUCUUGCCAGUAUAAAGGUUAUAUCUGCCUUCCCCAACUCUUCUCCAAUAAUCAGUGGCGGCUGGGGGGUCCCUGACAGACUGAUGCACCUAUAUACGGCCAGUGACUGGAACAGCUUCCACCUACAGAUCAACCAUGAUGGAAGCAUUGAUGGAACCCCUACCCAAACCAUUUACAGUGCAAUAAUGAUCAAAUCAGAAUCCGCUGGGCACGUGGUUAUUACUGGGGUGAAGACUAAUCGGUACCUGUGCAUGGAUAAAAGUGGGAACAUUUUUGGAUAUCACGACUUCAACCACGACGACUGCGUUUUUAAGCACGAGACUCUGGAGAACAACUUUGACGUUUACCAUUCUCCAAAACACAACUUUGUGAUCAGCCUCAAGGAGCCCAAGCAUCAUUUCCGCCUCGGCAUGGACCUGCCCCCUUACUCCCAAUUCCUGUCCUUGGAGAAUGAAAUCCCCAUAACCAGAUUCAAUGCUCCAGAGCCGGAAAUGAGAAUCCCAGAGGGCAACUUUGCUGACCCCAGCGACAUCAUAAAGAACCCCAGGAACUGGGACUUUUCGCAGUCUAUUCAUAAUCCAUUUCAGGAUGUGUGGUUGCCGUUCCCCAGCGGUUCAUUACCAAUCAUUAGAGCUUCCUUGCCAAUUAUUCAUAACAAUGUGAUUAAUACAGAUGACCCUGAAGAAAUUGUAAAAAUGAAGAGAUACAGAUAUUUCAAGAGGUAGUCAUGUGAAUGUAGCAAACUCCUUCCUGGAUGGAGUCACAAAAGCAUUAGAUUCUGGAUUUAGCGUUCUAUAUAACUCACAGUAUAAGGAAACCAUUCACAUGUAGACUUAGUACCCAGCAUCCAUAGCAUUGUUUAUUCAGGGAAGCUUCUCAGUUCUUAUGUAUUUUGUGUUACUACACUAUUCCCCAUUCCCUGCUGCCUACCCCUAGUGCACCCAAACCAUACCAUGAAUAUAUAUUUUCCUUCUAAAAGUUCCACUGAACACUAUAGACAGAAGGCGGCUUAUGGUUCACGAGACCAUAGCUUCAUAAAGGCAGUAUUGUAUAUCAUAGAGCUGGUAUACAAACUGUGAUGAACAGCAGUGGUAUAAUCUGGGCUUACUUGCCCUUUGAUAACUUAUUGAAUUAUUUAAUGAGUUAUUUAUGGCUUUUUAUGUUCGGAUUCUAACUUGGCUAAGCGGGGAAAGACUUUGUGGUACAA